AUUGUGAAUAUACACAUAUAUUCUAUGUUCAGAAAGUUUCAAGUUCAAGUUUUAUUCGUAAUUGAGAACAAAAACAAUAAGGAUGUUCGUGAUUAAAAUAUGUGUCCAUGAGUCGGUGCUCUUUUUACUUUACUUUUCCGAUUCCAAGCAUUCGUUCUCUGAAUUUCUCUGGAUUAGACAUAAAAGGAAGUAUCGUUCAGGACGUUACGUAUACAGGAAUGAAUCAUCAUUAUCAUUAUUAUCAUAAUGAUCCAUCGAUUCCAUUGUCCCUCGACAGAUCUCCUCGCGAUCGUUCUCGCGCCGCUGUCCUCGUUCGUUGGAUCUGGAUCAAUGAAGAGUUCCCACACGUUGAGGAAGGAUAUCGUCCAAGAUAUCCUAAACAGCUCGAAGGCGAUCGGGCUACUUGGCGAACGUUCUUGUUGUUGUUGCUGGCCUCGUUCGUUAACUCGAUUAAUAGAUCAGGCCGCUCUCGCUCUCCUCUUCUCUCCCUCUCCUCUCUCCUCCGCUCUCUCCUCUCCUCUCUUCGUUGCCUCUCGUUGCCUCGCACGAUUGUCACGAUGAAUCGCGAUGGUCGACCAGGUUUGCCGACCGGAUCUCCAACGGUACCGUACGGUACCCCAGGAAAAGCAACCACGGCUACCUCCCCGAUCCGCAGCACGCCGACGCGAGAUCUCAGUUUGUCACGUUUAACCGGUGCGCGUGGUCCGACCUAUCGCGUCGCUCUCUCGCCAAGAGAAGAGAUUCGAGUACGUGUGGUGAUACCAGGAUCGCGCAGAUCGAGUGCGAGCAAUUCAGCCUUCUGCAGGAGAAGAAGAAAGAAUUACUGUCCGCCGUGAUCCUGAAUCAACCCGAGGAAGGCCCAGGAAGACCCAGUCCCGCCGACUUGCCAUCUAUCAGUCGUCCUGUUCACGGGAGAGACGAGUAUGCGCUGCCGAGCGUCGUCGGUCGUCCUCACGCUCCUGAUCGCGCUGUUGGAUAGCGCGAUCGGCAAUCUGCGCGUCGUCUAUCAGUGGAAGCAGAUCGAGUAUGACUGGCCGAGCAACGACACCAAGAGGCUUUUCCCGGACUACAAGCAGGAGGACAACCUGCCCCUCGGCUUGGAAGUGGCCGGCGACCGGAUCUUCGUCACGGUGCCGAGAUGGAGGCAAGGAGUCGCCGCCAGUCUCAAUUAUAUUCGGCUCAAUGACACCCGCGAGUCGCCACCUCUGAUCCCCUACCCGUCCUGGGAGGCACAUCAAUACGGCGCCGCCGGCGUGCCGGAGAUCGUCUCGACGUUCCGUGUGCGCGCCGACCGCUGCAAUCGACUGUGGGUCUUGGACACCGGUCUCGCCGACAUCCUAGGCAAUCCUGAGCAACAGGCUCCGCCAGCCCUGAUCGUCUACGACCUCACCAACGAUCGCAUGCUGCGCAAGUAUGUGAUACCGGCUGACCAGCGCACCGCCGACUCCUUGUUCGCGAACAUCGCCGUCGAGGACUACUCCUGCGAGGACUCAUACUGCUACCUGGGCGACCUCGGCGGCCCGGGACUCGUCGUAUACUCCUGGAGCCUCCAGCAGUCCUGGCUUGUCAAGCAUCACUCUUUCCAUCCGGAUCCGCAGGGUGGAGACUUCAAGGUGUCAGGGAUAACGUUCCAAUGGAACGAUGGUCUGUUCGGGAUGGCUCUUGCUCCUACCGGCGAUGGCUACAGCACCUUGUACUAUCACCCGCUAUCCAGCGGCAUGGAGUUCUCCGUGAGCACGCGGUUCCUGCGCGAUCCACAGCGCGCCAGUACCGCGGAAACCUCCCACGAAUUCCAAACACUGGGCUCACGUGGGCCCAACGGCCAGAGCAGCGUCAGCUUCUUGGACCCGAAAACCGGAAUUCUCUUCUACGCGCUUACGAAUAUGAACGCCAUCGCCUGCUGGAAGCCGCAGAUGAAAUUCACCGUUCAGCAGCAGGGUUACGUGUACGCCGACAACGUCACUAUGGUUUUCCCCAAUGAUCUCAAGGUUGACCGGAACGGGAAUCUCUGGGUCCUCUCGGACAGACUGCCGAUCUUCAUGUACUCGCACUUAGACUUGCAGGACUACAACUUCAGGAUUCUCAUGGGAUCCACCGAGGAGCUCGCCAUGAAUACGAUCUGCUCGACGAUGUCCCCGAUCUACUCGACCACCAUGCACGAUCACAGAGAUCACAUGAAUCACAUGGAUCAUAUGGAUCACAUGGACCACAUAAACCGUAUUGAUGGCGCGAUGUCGACGACGCCUAGAGUCGCCGGAAGAUUUAACUCCGCCGACUCCGCCAACAUUGGCUCUGUCCUCGUGACGAUGACGUUAUUGACGUGCCUGAUCAAAACGUUCUCCUUGCUCGUCGCCGAGAAUAAAGAUAAAAACAACGUUGCUCUCGAUUGUGUUUGCGAGUUGAACAGGUCGGUAGGUUUUAAACGAGAAAAUCGAGAUUCAUGCGGGAGCGAACCAGUUUCUGAUCGAUCUAGUGUAGUGCGCAGUGCGCGAUCUUCAAGGAUGGUUGCUUUGACGAAAAAUGUUAUCGCCACGAUAUCUCGCGAGAUUAAGAACACCUUCAUUAUGACGGAGGACAGCACAGUGCCCGGCUUGGCUCAUUUGGAGACAAGGAAAAGCUUUAAGAAGACUGCGAUGGGUUACCUCGAGGCUAGGAGGAAGGUGGACGGCGCGGAAGGACUGUGGAGGAUUAGGAACAGUCUGUAUGAUUUGCAGACCUUCAUAAAAUCGCAUCCGGGCGGUACAGAAUGGCUCAGUUUAACGAAGGGCACCGACAUUACUGAAUUAUUUGAGAGUCACCACAUCACGGACAAGGCCGAGCGGUUGUUACCGAAAUUUUACGUUCGCGAGGCAACGACUACACGAUCGGUGCCUUUGACCUUCCAUCCCGACGGAUUCUAUCGUACAUUCAAGAGGCGUGCGAUUGAGACACUGAAAAAUGUCGACUUUCAUCGACCCUCCUUGACAUCGAAUCUUAUUACCGAUAGUUUAGCGACUACGACGUUCAUACUGGCUUUAACAGGCACAUUCUUCCAUUCCUACACUCUCGUUCUUCUCGCCGGAAUUUUUCUAACAUGGACGGUGAUCGCGGCGCAUAAUUACUUCCAUAUGAGGGACAACUUCCGCAUGUACUACUUCGACCUCUGCAUAAUGUCCUCGAAGGAAUGGCGUAUCACGCAUAUAAUGAGCCACCAUAUGUACACCAACACCCUGUGGGACUACGAGAUGUAUGUGAGCGAGCCGUUUAUGGACUGGAUCCCUCACAAGAAUAAAUCCUUUAUCAUAGGAAUAAUAAGAAUAUUCUUCAGUCCCAUCGCUUACACGUUUCUAUAUCUUCUUUUGGGAAUUAAACGAUACUACUCAGUAUUCCGGGAGUACCGUGUCUGGGAAUUUCGCGACAUUGUGCCGUUCCUGCUGCCUUGCGCAAUGAGCCUUGUCGCGCCCAAGAUUCUCGUCGCGUGGAAAUUGUGGUUGAUAAUGAUAUUGAUGAGUAGUUUUCUGUUCGGCUUGAUCGGUUUUAACGCGGCUCACCAUCACCCGGAUAUCUUCCACGAUGGCGAUAUCUACAGGGAUAACAUGGACUGGGGUCUGCUUGAAUUGGACGCCGUGCGCGGCCGCAAAGUAAUCGACGACUCAACCUUCUUGGCGCUCACGAACUUCGGCUCUCACACGCUGCACCACCUGCUGCCCACCGUGGAUCAUCACUAUCUCCCGCUAUGUAUGCCCGCAUUCGUGCAGACAUGCAAAGAAUUCAAACUCACCACCGACAAGUUCACGCAGUGGCAGUUAAUCAAGGGACAGUUUCAACAGCUCGUGCGAACCACGCCCAAGAAGAAUCAUAGAUAAUUUUUUUUACGUCGCGCAACGCUACAGAUUUAUCUAAUAAAUCUCAAAGAAUAUACUCAUGCUCAAAUUAA